CCUCUCUCACUCACUUCACAUGCGAGCACACACACACACACACACACACUCUCAGUCCCUGAGCAGUCCUGACACCUCCGCUCACUGUCAAUCUGUGUCUCCUUCGCAGGGAAUUUCCUCCCAGUAAGAGGAACGCUGGAAACAAAUAUUCUGAGAAGAAAUUACUACUGGAGACCAACUGUUUAUUUCCCAGUUUCACCAGUUUGCUCGGAAGGGCUCAGGCGGUGGAGCAGAAUGCCCCAAAAAGGAAUGAUCUAAAUAGUCAGACGCAAAUGAAGGGCUAAAUUGUUUUAAUCGGACAGUCAACUCUGUUACCAGAAUACCAUAACCAACCCACGUGGGAAUCAGGAGUGGCGUCCAUGAUGCAGAACAGUCACAGUGGCGUCAACCAGCUCGGCGGGGUGUUUGUGAACGGCAGACCGUUACCGGACUCCACCAGACAGAAGAUCGUAGAACUCGCUCACAGCGGAGCACGACCCUGCGACAUCUCCAGGAUUUUGCAGAGCCAUGAUGAUGCAAAAGUCCAACUGGACAAUAAGAACGUGUCCAAUGGGUGUGUGAGCAAGAUUUUGGGGAGAUAUUAUGAGACCGGCUCCAUCCGACCACGAGCCAUCGGAGGCAGCAAACCGAGGGUAGCAACGCCUGAAGUCGUCGGCAAAAUAGCACAGUACAAGAGGGAGUGUCCCUCAAUCUUUGCCUGGGAAAUUCGGGACAGGCUGCUGUCUGAGGGGGUGUGCACCAACGAUAACAUACCAAGCGUGUCAUCGAUAAAUCGAGUCCUACGCAACCUGGCUAGCGAAAAGCAACAGAUGGGUGCAGAUGGCAUGUACGACAAGCUGAGAAUGCUCAACGGGCAGAGUGGCACAUGGGGGACACGCCCAGGAUGGUACCCUGGUACAUCUGUGCCAGGACAACCAAAUCAAGAUGGUUGCCAGCAACAGGACAACGGUGGUGAGAACACUAACUCCAUCAGCUCAAACGGCGAGGAUUCAGAUGAGACUCAAAUGCGCCUGCAACUGAAAAGAAAACUGCAAAGAAACAGAACGUCGUUCACGCAGGAGCAGAUCGAAGCCCUGGAAAAAGAGUUUGAAAGAACCCACUAUCCAGAUGUUUUCGCAAGAGAAAGACUUGCAGCAAAAAUCGAUCUUCCGGAAGCUAGAAUACAGGUAUGGUUCUCAAACAGAAGAGCGAAAUGGAGGAGGGAAGAGAAGCUGAGGAACCAGCGACGACAAGCCAGCAACUCCUCCAGUCACAUUCCCAUCAGCAGCAGUUUCAACACAAGCGUCUACCAGGCAAUCCCACAACCCACCACUCCUGUGUCCUUCACAACAGGGUCAAUGCUAGGCCGAUCAGACACGGCUCUGACCAACACGUACACGGGUUUGCCUCCGAUGCCCAGCUUCACAAUGGCUAACAACCUGCCUAUGCAACCAAGCCAGGCAUCUUCCUAUUCCUGCAUGCUGCCCACCAGUCCGUCCGUGAAUGGGCGAAGCUACGACACAUACACACCCCCUCAUAUGCAGGCACACAUGAACAGCCAAACAAUGGCAACUUCUGGUACCACCUCAACAGGACUCAUCUCCCCUGGAGUGUCUGUCCCUGUCCAAGUUCCCGGAACUGAGCCAGACAUGUCUCAGUACUGGUCAAGAUUACAGUAAAGAAAAGAGUUACUUCGCCCUUUGACUUCCACGCAGAGACUAAGAGAGAACCUGGACCUCUGCAGCAGUAUUUCCACAGACACACAGACACACACAAACAAAUACCAGGACGAGGAAGCGUGUGGACUCUUGUCACGGUCUGGAAACUUUGCGGCACUACCUUUAAGAGGAACAGCGGAUGCUUAGACUUAACGGAACAAAAACAACAAACCUCUGCUACAUCCACGAUUUUUUUUGUCGCAUUUGUACAUUGCCAUUUACAAGUAAAGACGAAAAGACAGUUCAACAGCCAAAAAUAUGCUGGUCUCGCAUCCAUUUGAAAUGGCGGAGAACGAUAUAUUGUGACUGUUUUCUAAUAUCAGGAUUACGGAUCAGACUUCAGGCCCAUAUCAAAGCAGUGAAGCAGAAACAUACCAACAGGAAACGCCUAUAUUUCAACCCACAACGGCUUCAAUUAAUAACACUAUUGUAUCUAGAAAAAGGAACAACAGCCAUUAUGUAAAUUACUGAGUACUUUAUAAUUACAUAUAAGGGUUUUGAGUUGGGUAGAUGGAUUCUUGUGCUUGAUCAUUUGACGUCAGAGGGAAGGGGCAGUUAUAAUACGGUAGACUUUGCCAUCAAAAUAAAAUUCAUUCUGCUACUGUCCAGUUGUAAGUAUUUGUUCUCCCUAGAAAUUUCCUCCUUUAAUUAUCGCGGAACAUAAAUAUAUUCUCACUUUUAUUGCCCCUGAGAAAAAUCUAUAAAUGUUUUAUACAGAUUUUCAUGCAUCGUUAAAAAAGGAAAAAACAAACAAACAAACAUGUCUUUAGGUCAGGUACAUGAUGUCUAUUAGGUAUAGUUGUAUUAUAGUGUCCUACGGUCAAAUAAUUUUGUGAGACUAGACAUAUUUAAUUCCGAUAAUUAUGAUUAAAAAUGCUUGACAGAGUUUAAAAAAAAACUAAGUGUUUGGCAGUUGUUUACAAGUACAUAUCAGACAUUAACCAUUGUUGAUUGUAAAAACAGACCAAAGCCUUUGUAUUUCAUCUAUUACACAACAAUCUUAAUCUUCUCUUUUUUUAUCGUUAGUCUUGUGUUGCGAUACAUUUUGUAAAGGAAAAAAGUUGUUUUACAUUCUAGUACACUGGCUUCGACUACAUAUGGCUGCAGCUUAAUCACGCAGUCCUUUAUUUAUGAUCGACAACCAUUUGUGGUUUUAAAAACAUGUUGACAUCUCUUGAAUUCUGCGUUUUUUGUUGUGUACCUGAAACAUGAACACUUGUAAUGGUUUUUGUGUCAGAGCAAUGCUUUGGAAAACGAAAGGUCUACCCUGUCUUGCAGAUAUUUCAAUUUAACUUUAUUUAAAAGCUUUCUAAAUGUAUUUUGUGGAAACCAUUAAAAACAUUUUGUACAGUA